UGACAACUCUAGCUCAAGCUUGAACUUGGACUCCUCAUUGCUCUGUACACAAUCUCUUGCACAGCAAAACCCUCUACAGUCAUUGUCGGACCGAGCUUCACGACAACCAUAAUGGAGUCGAGCGGUCUUCACCCCUCCUUCGCCAACAACGCCGUGCCAUCGGCACCAUACGUCCGUCGAGCACCAAGCCCGCCAUUCAUUCACAUCCCACCGACAGGACAAUGCGGCGUCUCCGCUGCGCCCAUCCUCCUCCCAUCGUACGAACACGUCGACUCGAGUCAGUUGACGGACCACGAUGUAAAGAUCAUCACGCAAAACAUGCAGCAGAUCGCGACAGAUCGUGCGGCAGAUUGGUCCUAUGAGCAGCGACGUGAUGCCCAGAAGCUAGUGGACUUUCUGUACCUUGGUCCCAACAGCAUAGCUAAGAAUAUCAAGUGGUUGCAGGAGGAGGGCAUCACUAUGAUUGCUGUGGCGAGGGAUGCGCGUAUGGCGGGCGUGAAGCUCAUGGGUGUUGAGAAGGCUGCGAAAACGCUCAACAUUGAGGUCCGGUAUAUCGAUCUGGAAGGCAACGAUAAGCUGAUCAGUUCGUUUCCUGACAUUAUUCGACUGAUCAACGACCAUCUUUUAUCCGUGUAUCACAGCCAAGCCAAGGGUCGAAAUAAGAACGGCGAACUCCUCGUUGAUCCAAGCGCAUUCCGCCGGGGCAAAGUCCUCCUCACGUGCGAGACGGGCAACGACAGAUCAGCGGCCAUCGCUGCAGCCUACAUCAUGGCAGUUUUUGGAAAGGAUAUGAUCACCGCGGUUCAGUUCAUCAGCAUACAGCGAUUCUGCUGCGCUUUCGACGAGGACACCAAGCGGAAGUUGCAGUGCUGGGAGGAUAUUCUACGGGCGCGCUCACAAGUCGCUAUGGAGCGGGCUGUAACCCCCAACGCGGCACAUACGAAGCGACAUAUUGACGAUGUUAUGGAUACGAGCGAGAACCCUAACGACAAGGGGGACUUUGCGCUGGAUCAGGAUCGGUUCAAUGGCAGAGGAUCGUUUGCGCCGUUUGUGGAUAUGUAGAGACGACGGAUUGAUUGACUCGAGGUAGAGUAGAGGUAUGGCGUUUUGGACUGGUUUAGAUACCCUGUAUACUUAUUGGCAGUGUCGGAUUCUGAUAUCUGAUGCAUCUUACGGCAAUGGGAUUGUUUGUUUUGUAUUCUAUUCUCGAUGGUCUCAAGCUGUUGGAGGGUCACCAGAUGGUUGCUUAUAGAGCGAGACUUGAAUCUCAUAAUAUCGUCUGAGAAUUGUGUCUUGGCCCGCUUUGAAUGAAAUUCUGAAGAAUGGAACAUAGACUCGAGCCAGGCGUUAUGACCAGGUGAAGCAUUAUUUUUGGAAAAAUAAAUGAAUGUAUAAUGCUCCAGCUGUUGAAGCUUAGUGAAGUCAUGAUCGAAAGUGAGUGGUGUAUCCGUA